UAUUUCACCUACAGUUUGGUUCGUUUCUGUUUCAGAACAAAAUACAUGAUGUUUGUGAAUGCUCUUUUCUUGAUGUGUUUAUCUUUCCCAAUGAAAACAUCACCUCUACAUCUUAUAGAUCAUCCUCCAAUGAAUUGUUCCCAAGAGGGGCUAGCAUGCAGGGUUCAAAUCGGUAACUGCUCGCAUGAGGGCUGGAUCAUGCCAAGAGUUAAAACCCCAGUCUCUCCUCAAGAUUUAAACUAUAAUGUAAAGGCUAAGAAAGAUAAAAGUGGACAGUACGCACCAGUUUUACACCUUACAUGGAGUCAAUCACCUGAUAGUAGCAUAUACUUCCUUAAAGGAACUGAUGUUUGUGUAGUUGAAAUGGCGACAAAUAACAGUGAAUGCAUUCGUUACAUAUUUCUCAAUAAACUGCAAUGGGCAAAAAACCCAAAGAACAACGUGUGGACUUUUUCUUUAGACAGAGUUGUGGUUAACCCAGGCUCUAAAUACCAGGUUUUUAUAACCAAUUUACCAAAGCCAAACAUAGGCAGCUAUACCAGAGGAAUCCAAGUUAAUGUUCCAGAGAAAAUCUGGAAUCCUAAUCUUAUUUGGACAGCGGAUAAUGAAAAUGAAAACAAGUUGGUGAUAACCAUAAACUUCAAACCUGAAAAGAUCUCUGAACAAUACAGAGUCUCUAUUCACAGUCCUGACCUUCAUCCAGAACAAUCUCUCAUAGUUCUGAAGGCCAACCAGACAUCACUAAAAGUUAACUUCACAAUCGAAGUACAGCGGCUAACUGACUGCAGUUUGUACGUUUUGAUUCAGCCACUCUCCAUUCAAUGUUUGAAUAACUGUUUGGAUUACAGAGAGAAAGUUAAUAUCUGUCCAUAUCUUCUGAAAGCUCCAUCUGAUUUUAUUGUUUUGGUGAUACUGGUAUCAUUGCUGGUUAUAUUGGCUGUGGUUGGUUGCUUCAUUGCGUUUUUGCUGCACAAAUAUUUUCAUAAAGACACCCCAUACUUAGUCAACUCGACCAGUGCGAAAAGUAAAUGGGAAUGCAAACCUGUUCAAGAGCAUAGAAGGGUGCUGAUAAUCUACUCAUUGGACCACCCCCUAUACAAAGACAUCAUCCUAAAAUUAUGUGCCUUCCUACGGGCUAAGUGUGGUACAGAUGUUACCCUUGAUCUCCUCGAUUCUUACUGGCUCAGCACCAUUGGUAGAAUUCAGUGGCUGGACAUGCAAAGGGAGCAAAUCUCCAAAUCUUCAGAUAAAGUCCUGAUCUUGUGCUCUCCAGGCGUGCAUGCAAAAUGGAGGGCCAUGUGCGGUGAAAACAGGGUCAGAUUAAAGGAGGAUGCUCAUUCACCAAUAGGAGACAUGCUUACGCCAGCCCUGAGCCUCAUCAUACCGGAUUUUGUUCAUGCUUCGUCUUUCCACAAAUACAUAGUUGCUUAUUUUGAUGACGUGUGCAGCGAGAAUGACGUACCAGCACCGUUUAACACGGUGGUGAAGUACAAGCUGAUGAAUCACUUUGAAGAACUUUACUUCAGGAUCUUGGAUGUGGAAAAACAGGAGCCUGGCAGAAUGAAAUGCAUCGAGGGCGUUGGAGAGACUGAUUAUUUCACAUGUCCAUCAGGAAGAGCCCUUCGAGAUGCUAUUGACACUUUUCACUGUUACCAGCUGAAAAAUCCAAACUGGUUUGAAAUGGAGCUUUUGGAUACAGAUGAUGAAGUCGAGGAAAACGACUUCAAUCCGAUCUAUUCUACAGACAUUACCUACAAUGCUGUCACAGAAUGCUAUCAUCUCAUUGAAGGACAUGAAGCUCAAACGGGUGUCAAUAUGAUUAUGUGUCACAGUGAGGAUGAUCACAUUUUAAUGACUUCCAUUGAAGAGACAGGUUUAUUACUAAAUAAGCAAUCUUCAGUUGUUACCAUGGACGUCCAGUAUAGUAGUCCAGCACUGAACAGUUUUACAGCCAUUGAUGUGAAAGGAAUACCAGCAACACAAACUUUGGUACAGCAUGCUUUAUGCUUACCACAUCUGUAAGUCUAGUUAUAUGUUAAUACCUAAGUUUACAUAAUCAGACUACUGUGAUUAUAAUGUAAGUCUGAUGCUUAACUAAGCAUGACAUGAGGUUACAUACUCUAAGAAAGGAUGUGUUUAUUUUUUACACAUUAUUUUGUGUAAUGCUUUUUACAUAUUAUGUGUUAUUUUAUGUUGGUUUUGUGUUCAAAUAAAUUAAAGGGACAACAAAUAAGCUGAUCU